AUGGCGGACGACGAUCGAGAACAUCGCAGUAAAGAUCGAGACCCGCGGCAGCAUUUUGGAGACGCCAAGAACGCUGGAAGUGAGGGCCUAGCGAAAGCGAGAGAGGCAGCUCAAGCUCUGAGCCAGGGCCUUGGAGCAGCUCUCGGGAUAGCAAAGGACGACGCACAGGAGAGCUACUCUGGAGCCAAAGAGAAAACAAAGUCAGCAUACGAGAACGUCAAGAGCAAGGCCAAGGAGCAAAAGAUAGCAGCACAGGAAACUAUUGGGGAGGGACAAGAGCGAGCCAGGAAUCUCUACGAGAAUGCAAAGAUCAAGGCUAGCGAGAAGAAGGUGGCGGCGCAGGAGAGCAUUGGGGAGGGACAAGAGCGAGCCAGCAACGCUUACGAGAAUGCAAAGAACAAAGCCGGCGAGCAAAAGGUGGCCGCACAGGAGAGGAUUGGAGAGGGACAAGAGCGGGCCAGAAGUGCUUACGAGAGCACGAAGAACAAGGCCAGCGAGCAAGCGGCAGCGGCACACCAGGCAGCACGGGAAGCCGAGGAGAGACGGGGCGGAGAAGGAGAAGGCUGGUUUCAGCGAGGAUUUCUCCUGGCAGCGUAUGACAAAGCAGCCGAGGCGAUCUCGUCGGCUACGUCAAAACCCGAGGGAGGAAGCAUAGGACACGAAGACGCUGCUGAGCGAGGCAAGCAAGUCGCAGGAGACGCUGCGGGGAAAGCGAAAGAGACUUCUCACGAAACCAAGAACAAAGGCCAGCAAGCAGUGGAAGGAAACAAGCAACUGUCAAGAGAUGCCGCAGACAAAGCAAAGGAGACUUCUAACGAGGCAAAGCACAGAGGUCAGCAAGCCGUGGAUCAAACGUCCAAAGAAGCUAGAGAGGCUUCUCACGAAACAAAGCAAAAAGGCGAGCAAGUACUGGAUCAAACGAAAGAGAAAGUUGGCAGUCACGCGGACGAAGCAAGACGCACAGGACGUCAGGUUGCGGAUGAAGCGAGAGAGAAAGGGAACGAAGGCAAAGGUUUCCUCCAAUCCAUGGCAGAUUCUGUAGCUGGAUUUGUGACGGGUGAAUCCGAACAAGGACGGGAGUUUAGAGGCAAAACCAGAAGCACUAUCGACGAAACGAAGCAAAAAGCCCAAGACACUGCAAGUGGAGUGUCACAGAAAGGCCAAGAGUAUGGCGAUCAAGUGAAGCAGAAAGUGGACGAGGUUAGCAACAAAGGCCGACAAGUAGCUCACGAUGCACGGGAUAAAAUGCAAGACAUGAAAGAGAGAGGACAAGGUACAGCCAGUGAUCAAGUUCACGAAGAGAAAGGUUUUUUGCAGUCCAUCACAGACUCAGCAACUGCGUUUCUUUCGGGUGAAUCAGAGGAAGGACGGGAGAUCCGGGACAGAAUGAAGGACACCGCUGAUAGAACAUCGCAGGCAGCUCGGGAGAAAGGCCAAGAGUUUGGUGAUCAGGCGAGGCAAAAAGCCGACGACACGAGCAACAAGGGACGACAGGUAGCUCACGAUGCAAGAAAUAAAAUGCAAGAAACGAAGGAGAGAGGACAAGGUACAACCAGUGAUCAAGUAUACGAAGAAAAAGGUUUUUUGCAGUCCAUCACAGACUCAGCAAGCUCGUUUCUUUCGGGUGAAUCAGAGGAAGGACGGGAGAUCCGGGAUAGAAUGAAAGACACGGCCGAUAGAAUGUCUCACGAUGCUCGGGAGAAAAGCAAGCAGGCUGCGGAUAAAACGAGGGAGAAAGCCGACGAGACCAAACAAAAGUCUCACGAGAUGGCUGAUGCGACGAGAGGUAAAGCUCAAGAGGAGAGGGGAUUCAUGCAGUCCAUAACCGACUCGGUCACUGCGUUUGUCACGGGUGAACCAGACAAGGGACGAGAGAUGCAGGAGAAAACCAGGGGAAAAGUUGAUGAAACGAAGCAGAAGGCUCACGAGACCUCGGGUGAAGCUCAACGAAAGGGCCAGCAGUUCGCCGAUCAGUCGAAACAAAAAUCUCAAGACGUGAAAGAGAGAGGACAAGAUAUGGCUGAUGCAGCAAAAUGUGAGGCUAGACAAGAGAAGGGAUUUAUGCAAUAACUGACCGUGCUUGUCUCUGGAGAAUCAGACAAAGGACGAGAAAUGCAAGACAAAACGAGAAGCACAGCCGAUGAAGCCAAGCAAAAAGGCCGAGAAACUUCGAAUGAGGCUCGAGAAAAAGGAGAGCAUGUUGUCGAUCAAGCAAGAGGAAAGUCGGGACACCACGCUGCUGAGGCUCGGGACAAAGGUCGACAAUUUGCUGACCAGUCGAAGCAAAAAACUCAAGACGUGAAAGAGCGAGGACAAGAGAUGUCUGAUGCAACGAGAGGUAAAGCGCAAGAGG